CGCGGGGCGCCAGCCAGCAAGGACAGCAAGGAUCAGGUCGAGAACGAAAAGGAGGAGGAGGAGGAGGUGGCGGAAGAGGAGGAGAGAUGGCUCCACAGACUCUGCGCCGACGCGUCCCGAUGCGCAGGCUCUUCGCGCAUCGGGGCUCCACAGUUUCCGGCGCCUGCCGCCGUCCGCGCCGCUGCCUGCCUCCGCGGGGCGCUUCGCCCAUACUCUUCGAGGCGGAUACCGAAGGAGGAGGAGGAGGAGGAGGAGAAGGAAGAGGAGGAGGAGGAGGAGGAGGAGGAGGAGGAGGAGGAAGUUCCGAAAGUGGAGUGUUCGCGCAAGCAUGAAAAGUUGAGGCUGGAUCUAUGACCGACCCCAUCCUAGUUCAGUCGAGAGCGAUUAGUCUCGGACAGACGCGGGAAGGCAGGAAAACCGCGGCUCAAUCCAAAGUCGAACCAGCCCACUACUAAUCGCAGCCGAGCCCGCUGCUUUUGAAGCAGACGGAAGAUGAAGUGAGAGCCGGUGCGAAACAUGGCAAGAAAGAGACGGAGAGCGGGCUGGGUUGAUGUCCGCCAGGUCAUGCCAAAGCGCACUUGUCCGAUUCAGCGGCCCAAGCAAGCCAACCACGUCGAUUGAAAAAAAAUGCGACACGUCAUCGCUCUUGCUGGCCAUCCUGGAGCGCUGAAUCAAGCGAAUGCGCCCGCCUAUCGGCGCAGCUGCGCAAUGGCCCACAGUCGCCCUACUGGCGCGAAUGCGCCGUGUCAGCGCUGAACACGAAGUAUGCGAACGAGUUCUUGUCAUAUACAUGCGGCACGAGAGGGGCGAACAAGCAGUGCCCUCGUUGCCCCAUCAGGGCGAGCACCUGAUGGGGCAACGAGAGGGGGGGACUGGCACAAGGGGUGAAACAAUGACCUUAAAUCGGCGAUACAUCGCCGAG